UCUUGCGAACGAUUCGAAACGCUUCAAAACCAAAAUUCCACUAACCACAUCUGGCUGAGUGAACUUUUAAAAACGCUAAGUAUCGAAAGUGUGUGACGCUAUUAUUAAACAAGAACCUCUCGUUGCCGGUCGUUGUCUUGCCCGCCGUCUUGUUAAUACGCUUACUUUGAUCGGAAUCGUUACGCGUUUUCCAAAUUGUAUAUCUUUCGUUUCAAAAUGAAGUACUUCAUUGCUAUUGUUCUUCUUAUUGCUGCCGCUCAAGCCGUUCCAGUGGAAUAUGGCCAUUAUCCAGCUCCGUUGUUAGCUCAUGCGCCAGUAUUAGCUCAUGCGCCAGUAUUGGCCCAUGCCGAGCCUGUGGCGUACCCGAAGUACUCAUUCAAUUAUGGUAUUAAGGAUCCACACACCGGUGACAUAAAGUCGCAAGCUGAAGAACGUGAUGGCGAUGUAGUCAAGGGUCAAUACUCGCUCGUAGAACCCGAUGGUUCAGUGCGUACCGUUGAUUACUCUGCUGAUGAUCACAAUGGUUUCAACGCUGUCGUCCACAAAACCGCACCUAAAGUAAUCGCUCAUGCUCCAGUGUUGGCUCAUGCUCCCUUGUUGGCACAUGCGCCUGCACCACUUCUGCAUCAUUAUUAAAUGGGAAAACGACUGGCUAUAGAGCGUUUGGAUCAAUUGGAGCUGGAACUUUGAAGAUAAGAUCGUUUUGAAUUGAUUUGCAUUUGAACUGAUUGGAAAGCGAGCAGUGACUCAUAACUUUGGAGUGUAAAAGACGAUCUUAAAAAUAGGAACACCAACUUUUCUCCAUUCGCUUCUUAGCCACUUACAACUCUU